CAUUGUUGCUACAAACAAUGGAUGCCUGAAACCGUUCUGUCUCAGCAGAGUGGGCUUUGGGUUUUUUAGGCAUUUGGAGCAAGAUGGACAAUGACGAGGUUGUGCGAAAGAACCAGGUCGAGAUGGAGGGUGGGACUUCUCCUGAUGGACCACAGGAUGUUUCCUCAGUGCAUGUCCACCCAUCUGAAGAUACCAUCUUCGGGUCCCAUCCUUCUCACUUGCUGAAGUCCACAACUAUAGAAGGGGCCUCUCAGGAAGUGGAUAUGAAUGAGGAGACCAUGGACUCAUUUGAGGUUGGUUCUGAGAACCCUGUGGAGCCAGACCCACAGGAAGUUUCUGCAGGUGGGGAAGCAGACGACACAAGAGGUAAAGAAGAGCUUGAUGAGUCCGUGAGACAAGAUGAGGUGACAGACCACUUGGAGCAAGACAGAAAUGGUGAGAUUGAAAGAACUGGCGACGAUCCAAGGAGAGAUAAAGAGGACACUAAAGAGCCCAGGUUGAACGGGGAGUACGGAUCGCGGAAUUCCACAGGGAAGAGAGGCAGAUCUAGGAACAGUGGAUCAGGAUCAGGGGCCGGCGAUCAGUCAGCGGCAUGGACGUCACCCUUCUUCUCCUCCUCUUCCUCCUCCUCGUAUAAAAAUUCUGUCUCGUCAUCUGGAGGUAGCAAGCAUAAACAAACCAGACGGCGAAAUUACCAUCACCAUCAUCAAGGUGGUCGGGCAAGAAGGCAAAAUGCAUCUCAGCUGGUCUCCGUGUGCCGAGAAUUUCUUACUGAAUCCGUUAGCCCCUGGUGUAUUUCAUGCAUCCAUAUGGUGGUAGAGCUCAUCGUUUCUGUCGCCCAUCGCUGCGGAGUUGUGGUAGAAUCGGGCGGGAUUUCACUCUUCAAUCUUGGGUCAUACUUGCUUUUCCGGAUCACGGACCUGCCAGGGUUGAAAAAGGAUGUCAGGCGUGUCUUGGACUGGACCUGGUUCUCAGGUGUAGCUCUUUUAGCGUGGACUAAUAGGUCGACAAGCUGGGCCAAACGAGCUGUUGUUUCCUGUUUCGGUCUCCUCCACGGGCUACUGUUGCUAGGCACCCAUUGGACCAAGUGCACGCUGAGGAGACUCGGUGGAGAGAGGGGGCAGCGAUGGUGGGCAGCCCUCCAGAACUGUUGGGCUUGGAAAAAAGUAGCUGCAUUCAAAGAGAGCAUUUGUGGGUGGUUCCAGAAGCGAGGUUCCAGAACCUCUUCAGAAUCUUCUGGAGUGGCCACAGGAAAAUAUCAACCUGGCCAAGAGCUAGAGAGGCUGUUGGCACUGGCCCAGGUGCCCGAGGAGGAGCUGGACCCGUUUGCUGUGCUGGGGGUGGACCCUCAGGCCACUGAGUUUGAGCUUAAGAGGGCCUAUCGACAGCUGGCUGUACAGGUCCAUCCAGACAAAAACAAACACCCCCGUGCUGGGGAGGCCUUCAAAGUCCUAAGAGCAGCCUGGGAUAUUGUCAGUAAUCCAGAAACACGACGAGAGUAUGAGCUGAAACGAAUGGCGGCCACAGAGCUCUCCAGGUCUAUGAACGAGUUCCUGACAAAGCUGCAGGACGAUCUGAAGGAAGCCAUGAACACUAUGAUGUGUACCAAAUGUGAAGGCAAACACAAGAGGUUUGAGAUGGACCGGGAGCCCAGCGAGGCGCGGUUCUGUGCUGAGUGUAAUAAGAGACACGGGGCAGAGGAAGGCGAUCUCUGGGCCGAGUCCAGCAUGCUGGGCCUGCGUAUCACCUACUUCGCCUUUAUGGACGGCAAAGUCUAUGACAUCACAGAAUGGGCAGGUUGCCAGAGGAUUAGCAUUUCUCCAGACACACACCGAGUGCCCUACCACAUCUCAUUCGGCUCGAAGAGUAACAGUGGCCCAAGCCGACACAGAGGUCCUCCAGAGCAUCCGCCUGGCACAGGUUCCCCCGCAGACCUGCAGGACUUCUUUAACCGCAUCUUCCAGGGGGGGCAUCCCAGUGACGUCACUGCCAACGGGGGGUUCUUCCCUCCGGGAGCAUCUCCCCACCACCCCCCUGGCGCCGGCCCUGGGGCUGGAGGUCCGUUUCCUGGGGGGCCGUCUCCACAAACAGGGUUUUUUGGCCCGGGGGGGCACAGAGGUGACCCCGCUGAACAUUGGACCGGGACCGACGGGGCAAAACCUCCACGCAGAAAGAAGAAAGCCCGCAAACCCUUUCAACGGUGAACGCAGACGUCGACACGUUGCCGUGAAAACGCAGGAAGAAUGGUGUAACAAACGACGCUGUGUGUUUGUUGCCAUGUGAAGUCGUUUGGGUGACCAACUUGAACCGGAGUCUUAGGACAGAUUGAAGCUCAGGAGGACAGAACAGUUUUGGGUUCCUCAAUUCCGCUCAUGUCCCAGAGAGAAGACACCAUUCUCUCAGAGAAGAGA